UCGCAUUUACCUGCUCGAUAUUUUAGACUUUGCCACUAGACUGAGAACACUCCAUCUCUGCUACCUGUGGACUCAGGUUGUAAACAACACCAUGGACAGGAAGAUUAUACUGGCCGUUUUGUGUCUGAUUGCCCAAAGUGCAGCUCAGGUGGGCUCUGCAGUGGACCCGACUUCACCCGCAAGCACAGCUGAGAUCGACCCCACAAUGGAUGUGACUUCACCCGCAAUCACAGAUGAGAUCAACCUUACAGUGGGCAAGACUUCGCCCCCGAACACAGCUGGCACAACUACAACAAUUGCACCAGUAACUGAAGUUUUCACGUUGAUCUUCCGCAUCAAGGAAACCUUUGUGCCAGCACUGGCUAACCCAAAUUCUAAACAAUUUAAAGACAAAGCUGAAAAAGUCACUCGUGAGAUUGAACCAUUGUACAAGAAAGCCUUUAAAAACUUCCAUCUCAUGCAAAUCUUCCAGUUCAGGAAUGGUUCUAUUGUGACACACAGCCUCAUGUCUUUCCUUUCUGGUGCUAACGUGACUGACACCAAAGUGAAAGACGUCCUUGCAAAAGGAGUGAGCAGCUUGACCUUUCCUGUUGAGCCAAACUCCAUCAAUGUCACCCAUGUUAUUAGUAAUUCCAUGCCACCAGUGAUUGCCAGCUCACUUUCCAUGAUAUGGAUGUCUCUUCUACCACUUCUACUUUCAGCGGCAUUGCACUGUUAGCUCUAAGCCUGAUCAGAAAAUGCACACAAUAACUUAACAAUGCUAUUUAACAUUUCAACCUAUUCUACUGUUGUAAGUAGUUCCUUUUGUCACCACAAACAGUAACAUGUAUAUUUGCUUUUUAUUUAUUAAUAUUUAAUUCAUAAGCUAAAUGGAAUCGGGUGUUUUUAUAAACAAUAUCUGCUUUCAUGAGAAAAACAAAUUUUAAAUUAUGAAACUGAGGAUUUAAUGAUGGUGGUGAUGUACCUGAACAUUUCUCCACUUCUAAACAGUCCUAAUGAUUGCUGUCUUUCAUUUAUUAAAUUUAAAUCAAUAGGAAUAUUCUUGAAACAGAUGUAUAGUUAACAGGAUAAUCUAAUAUAUCAAAGUCAAGUCAUUUAUAUAUACACUAAUUUAUAUAUUGUGUAUGGGAGUGUGAAAUAACUAUAAAUGUUUUAUGUAAUAAAUUUUGCACAUUUUAUUUGUGUCAUUCAAUUUUAUUAUUUCUUUAAAUACAAUAUACACAGGCGGCACGGUGGUGUAGUGGUUAGUGCUGUCGCCUCACAGCAAGACUAAGUAUCAGCCUUCUGGUAAUUUCUUUCAGCAUUGAAGACCCUCAUCAUUCACUAUGUACAAGUAAAAGGAUUUUAUUUAACUAAUAUUGAUCUUUACAGUCCUAUUCUUUUGAAAAUUACAUCAUAAAAUCUCAGACUUUCCUGUGUGUGAUAUGCUCAAAUAGGUUGUA